AUGAACUCCAAAUUUAAAGUGUUACUAAACAAACUGCUGAACAAAAUAGGAAAUGAUUGUGCAUCAUAUAAAAGAAAAACAUCGUUCAAACAUUUUAAGGAUAGCUUACGUAGUAUUGUUAAAAAUAAUAGCAUCGAAAAGAGAAGUACAUGGGGAGUAAAUGCUAUUUAUUGCGCUAAUAUAAAACCCAUUACGCAUAGUUGUAGUAGUCGUAGAAGUAGUAGUAGUAGUAGUAGUAGUAGUAGUAGAGACAGCGAUGGUGAAAUGAAAGAAAUUACAAAUAAAUGUAUUAUGGUGGACAUGAGGAAAAGAUGGAAAAAUAGCAUAUUACAAAAUUGUGUAGGAAAAUAUGGAAUAUUAAACGGAAGGUCUCUUUUUAUAUUGAUAGCUAUUUGUGGUUUGUAUGAAAUCCUGAACAGUUCGGAAAAUAAAAACAAGAACAGAAACGAUAACGAAAAUGAAAAAAAAAAAAAAAAAAAAAAUGUUCCUCCUUUUGGUUUGUUGAACAAGGCCGCACAUUGUUGUGGGAUUAUGGCAUAUGUAGGUAACAGAGAUGCCUCUAAAAUUUUAAUAGACGGAAUUGAAAUAUUACAGAAUAGAGGAUAUGAUUCAUGCGGUAUUUCAACGAUAAGUAACAAGAAUGUAUUAAGAACAACAAAAUAUGCAAGUAGUUCUACAUCUGACGCUGUUGAAAAAUUACGAAUAAAUUACAUGAACAAUCAUAAAAAUGAUAGUAUCGGAAUUGCACACACAAGAUGGGCAACACAUGGGAGUAAAACAGAUGAAAAUGCACAUCCACAUAUGGACUAUGAUGAAAGAAUUAGUAUUGUACAUAAUGGAAUAAUUGAAAAUUAUAGAGAACUGAAAAAUUUUCUAUUAAAAAACAAAAUACCAUUUAAAUCAAAUACAGAUACAGAAGUAGUAGCAAAUUUAAUAGGUUACUAUUUAGAUCAAAAGGAAAAUUUUGAAAAUGCUGUUGUGUCUACUAUUAAACAGUUAGAAGGUACAUGGAGUUUUUGUAUAAUACAUAAAGAUUAUCCGGACCAAAUGAUUUUAGCUGCUAAUGGAUCGCCAUUACAUAUAGGUUUUAAGGAUAACGAAAUUUUUGUUGCUUCGGAACAUUCAGCUCUUUUUAUGUUUACAAAUGAAUAUAUAUCUCUAAAGGAUGGGGAAAUACUUUCGAUAAAUAAAAACAAUAUAGACGAUUUGAAAAUAUUAAAAAAGGUAGAGAGUAUACCAGAAGUAAUUAUUCAGAAAACACCUCAUCCAUUUCCUCAUUGGACUAUUAAAGAAAUACACGAACAGUCAAUUAGUUUAUCAAAAUCUUUAAAUAAUGGUGGUAGAUUUAGCAUUCUAAAUAAUUCGGUUAAAUUAGGUGGUUUAGAUCCAUAUGUUGAAGAUUUAUCUAAAAUUGAAAAUAUAUUAUUAAUUGGAUGUGGGACUUCCUAUUAUGCUGCUUUAUAUGCUAAAUAUAUAAUGAAUUACUUGAACUGCUUUAAUACUGUUCAAGUUAUAGAUCCAAUUGAUUUUAAUAUAUCUGUUAUACCCAAAGAAAAAGAGGGGAUUAUAUUCAUAUCACAAAGUGGGGAAACUAGGGAUGUAAUAAAAGCAUGCAAAUUAGCAGAUGAUUUGAAUUUAAAAAAAUUAUCUGUAAUUAAUUCUGUUGGGUCAACUAUUGCUAAUAUGACUGGACGAGGUGUUUAUGUAAAUGCAGGUAGAGAAGUUGGUGUUGCAUCAACAAAAUGUUUUACAUCUGAAGUAUCUGUAUUAACAUUAAUAGCUUUAUGGUUUUUUCAAAAUAAGAAAAAUUAUAUAUCUAAUAAUAAAAUUAGUUCUCUAAUAAAUUCUUUACAUAGGCUACCAUUAUAUGCAGAUACGACUAUUAAAUCCUGUGAAAAUAUAUGUAAAUUAUUAUCAUAUAAAUUGUCAAAUGCUAAAUCUAUACUUAUCAUAGGAAAUGGUUUAAGCUAUCCUAUAGCUUUAGAAGGAGCCUUAAAAAUUAAAGAAUUAACAUAUAUACAUUCGGAGGGAUUUACUGGAAGUUCACUAAAACAUGGUCCUUAUGCACUACUAGGUGGCGAAGAUAAUAUACCCGUAAUUAUGCUUGUUUUUAAUGAUAAUACAAAAACUGUCAUGAUUAAUACAGGAGAACAAAUUAAGUCAAGAGGUGCACAUAUCAUUUGCUUAACUGAUGAUGAGAACCUGUGUAAACAUUUUGCUGACGAUAUUAUCCUAAUUCCAAAUAAUGGUUUGUUAACUCCCCUACUGGGUGUAAUACCACUGCAGAUGAUGGCAUAUUACACUAGUGUGAACAAAGGCAAUAACCCGGAUAAGCCGCGCUGCCUGGCCAAAACAGUUACAGUUUCGUAG